AUGGCGGGCUCCCAGGACUCCAAGGACGUGCCCACCCCGAAGAAACAGCGCAAAACAAGGGCAAAUGCAACACUCAAGAGACCUGGGGACCCGCAUGAGACCAGCUCGCCCCGGGCUCCCCGGUACGAGGGCUCGCCUCGGGUGCCCACUACCCUGGCUCCUGCCCUGUCUGUGGGUGCCAGCAAUGACACCGGCACGGGAAAGCCGGAUCUGGACGGCGAGGAGGAUGCUGCCGUCGUAGGAAGUCGCGGGAGCCCUCCACCCCAGCGUGCCCUCCACGAUCUGCUGGCCGAGUUUGGCCGCAUCGAGCUGAAUGCCGACAUGCUGGCGGCCAUCCAACGCACCGAGUCUCAUGCCGCCCUGGAUGGAGCGGCCCGGCACUCGACACAUCAGCAGUCCCCGCUCACCCUGAACCGCGCCGCCUUCGAGCGUGUGGUCGGCGCCGCCCGCGCCUCGCUGGCUGCCGACCUGGCGCGGCUUCGUGCCCGGGCCGAGGGGAACCCUGCUCAGGAGACACUGCUCCGCACCUACGCCCUGAGAGCCGUUGCACGCUUUGCCGAGCAAGACUGGGAGGAGGAGCAGGAGGGAGCGGGCGACGCCGAGCUCGCCAGCGACGGGGUGGAAGGCGCGGCGCCGAGCCUCGAGGGCGAGGGCAGCGCUGCGGCGGUGGCUCCCGUGGGCGGCAAGCACGCGGCCAGCAGCUGCAGCCCCUCGGUCAGCCUCGGCGCGGAGGUGCACAAGCGCCCGCGGAAGGGCGCGCUGGGGGCCCUGCUCGCGGGGUCCUCUGCCGGCGGCUGGUGGGGUCGCGAGCGCAGCGGCGAGCUCCUGCGCCGCUCGGCCGACGCCGCGGCCUCGGCCGGCUCCGUUCGCGCCCCUGGCGCCGGGGCGGGCGGGAACUUGCCGGCGGCGGCCGGGGGCGAGGGCGGCGCGGCCCCCUCCAGCAGCUCGGAGGGCAGCCUCUGGGCGAGCUCCCUGGUCUGUGCGGACCUGACUCUCAACGAUGUGGGCAGCCAGUACUGGCCGUUCAGGAGGGCCGGCACGGCGGCCGCGACAGGAGGGAGGCCGGGCGGGCGGGACGGCGGGCGGGACGGCGGGCGCGCCGCCGGCGCCGGCGGCGCAUCCGACGCAGAUCGCCCGGCACGCACCGAAGGGGGCCAGCAAGCGCUGGAUCCCGGCCCCGCCGCCAGCUCGCUGGUGGAUGGGCUGGUGGCGGCGCUGGGCGCGGCCAUCCUGGCGGCGGUGGAGGCGGAGGUGGGCCGCGCCGCGCUGGCCCCGGGGCUGAGGAGCCUGGUGGCCGCCACCGCCUUUGACGACCUGCUGCGGGAGGGGUCGACCCUGCAGUCCCCCGCCACCUCCAGCUGGGACGGUGGGGCCAGGUAG